AUGUCGGGUAAACAGCAAGACAAGAGCUUCAUGGGCAUGCCCGGUUUCGUGGUGGACUUCUUGAUGGGUGGUGUCUCCGCCGCCGUCUCGAAGACUGCUGCUGCCCCCAUCGAGCGUGUCAAGCUCCUCAUCCAGAACCAGGAUGAGAUGCUCAAGUCCGGUCGUCUCGACCGCAAGUACGGUGGUAUCGUCGAGUGCUUCAGCCGUACCGCCAAGAACGAGGGUGUCCUCUCCCUCUGGCGUGGUAACACUGCCAACGUCAUCCGUUACUUCCCUACCCAGGCGCUCAACUUCGCUUUCCGCGACACCUACAAGUCCAUGUUCGCCUACAAGAAGGAGCGUGACGGUUACGCCAAGUGGAUGGCCGGUAACUUGGCCUCCGGUGGUGCUGCCGGUGCCACUUCCCUCCUCUUCGUCUACUCCCUCGACUACGCCCGUACCCGUCUCGCCAACGACGCCAAGUCGGCCAAGAAGGGUGGUGAGCGUCAGUUCAACGGUCUUGUAGACGUCUACAAGAAGACCCUCGCUUCCGAUGGUAUUGCUGGUCUCUACCGUGGUUUCAUGCCCUCCGUUGCUGGUAUCGUCGUCUACCGUGGUCUGUACUUCGGUAUGUACGACUCGAUCAAGCCUGUCCUCCUCACCGGUAACCUCGAGGGUAACUUCUUGGCCUCUUUCGCUCUUGGUUGGGCCGUCACCACUGGUGCCGGUAUCGCCUCUUACCCUCUCGACACCAUCCGUCGUCGUAUGAUGAUGACCUCUGGUGAGGCCGUCAAGUACAAGGGUACCAUGGAUGCCGCCCGCCAGAUUGUCGCCGCUGAGGGUGUCACCUCCCUCUUCAAGGGUGCUGGUGCCAACAUCCUCCGUGGUGUUGCUGGUGCCGGUGUCCUGUCCAUCUACGACCAGGCCCAGCUCCUCCUCUUCGGCAAGAAGUUCAAGGGUGGAUCCGGUUAA